AUGUCGGCUCCAUGGCCUUUCGUGGCAUGGAGAAUGGAUGUGAUUGGACCGAUAGAACCAAAAGCAACGAAUGGUCACAGGUUCAUCUUGGUGGCCAUUGAUUAUUUUAUAAAGUGGGUGGAAGCAGUGAUUAUAACUGACAAUGCCGCAAAUCUCAACAGCCACUUAAUGCAAGAGGUAUGCUACCGAUUUAAGAUUGAGCAUCGAAAUUCAACUCCGUAUCGCCCAAAGGCAGACGGGGCUGUAGAAGCUACAAACAAAAAUAUAAAAAAGAUACUUCGUAAGAUGGUGCAAAGUUCUCGACAAUGGCAUGAAAAGUUGCCUUUUGCUUUGUUGGGUUAUCGCACUACAGUCCGUACGUCAGUGGGUGCUACCCCAUAUUCACUGGUAUACGGGACUAAAGCAGUUAUACCUGCAGAGAUUGAGAUCCCAUUUUUACGAAUCGUUGUGGAGGCUGAAAUUGAUGAUGAUGAAUGGAUCAAAACUCGGUUAGAGCAAUUAAGUUUGAUUGAUGAGAAGCGUCUGACAUCAGUAUGUCAUGGACAAUUAUAUCAGAAAAGAAUGGCACGGGCAUACAACAAAAAGGUGCGUCCCAGACAUUUUGAAGAGGGUCAAUUAGUGUUGAGACGCAUUUUACCACAUCAUGCUGAAACCAAAGGCAAAUUUUCUCCAAAUUGGAGAGGACCAUUCGUUGUUAAAAAGGUAUUACCCAAUGGUGCUCUUUACUUAGCAGAUAUAGAAGGCAAAGUGACAGAAACGGUCGUCAAUGCUGAUGCUGUGAAAAGAUACUACAUAUGA